ACUCGGAAUAAUGCAUUUCGCAGUUUGUUUUGCUGUUUUAUCAUGGAUGCUGGUUAAUCAGGGAUCGGCACAGCUUCUUGACGAGAACUGUGCCGAAGUUUCUCGUCUUUCUACAGAUUUGAGAUUUCGUAGACCGUGGAUGGCACUGGUCUUAAUGCCUAAUAAAACCUGUAGUGGCUCCCUGAUUCACAAGUAUUUUGUGAUAACAUCAGCCAGCUGUGUAUUCAAUCAAGAGAGAACCAUCGUCCGCUUGGGGCAGUGGAGCAUUAAACAAAAGCAUAGUAUUAGUUAUAGCAUUGAUGAAUACCAGGUGCAAAGUUCCUACAUUCAUAGGUUCUAUGACAAAAGCAAUUUCGGGCACGACAUUGCUUUGCUUGAACUUCAGAACGAAGUGCUCUAUAAGGCCCACAUACGUCCAAUUUGCCUUUGGUUAGACAAAUCUGAUAUCGACACACAAAAGUUUAAAAGGUUUCAAACAUUCCGCUGGGGUAUAGACGAGAAGUUUAUUUUGCCGGCGGCCAAGACAAGAAAAAUGAAACACAUCAGAAAAGUCAACUGCGAAAAUGCCUUUAAUUUUUAUCCGCAGAGUUCGCAUAUCUGUGCCGGCUUAGAGAACAAAAGAAACUGCGUGGAAACAGGAAGUCCGUUGUUUAAUAAGAUACGCUAUCACAAAAAAACUAGUUACAAUCUUUUCGGAAUUCAGAGUUAUGGCGAGUCGGGAACGUGUUUAUACACCGAUGUCACAAAAUACAUGGACUGGAUAAUGGGAAUCAUUCUAAAUGUUGAUGUGAUAGUUUCGAAUGGGAAAAAUACCUACGCUUAAGAUUCUUUAAUAAACACAAAAAAUAUA